GGCAUCAGUAUUGUUGUUCUCCCAGUCUGGUUUCCCUGAAUGAUUUGAGUGUUUAGGAGUUUUUGGAUAGUUUCUAUGAAGUUGACAGCUUUUUCUUUAAAGUGAAGUGAUAACACAUUCUUUAGUACGUUGUCCAGACGUUAGAGUUUACUAAAUAUAUUUCCCAGGAGGUCGCAGGCUUGUUUUUUAACGUUUCUACGGAAGCUAGCAGCUAGCUUCAGCUGCUAAAUAACAACAGGGCAGUGACACACAGGAGACUGGCAGCUCAAACUGGAGACAGUUUGGUUAAAGUCUCUUAAACUGUACAUUUGGGGAAUUAUCUAGGGGCAAAGUUGCCCUGAUUGAUCUAUGAUGGGCAUGACCUCUCGAAUAGAGUGUAUAUUUUUCAGUGAGUUUCACCCCACCCUGGGUCCAAAGAUAACAUAUCAGGUCCCAGAGGAAUACAUUUCACGAGAGCUCUUUGACACAGUUCAAGUUUAUAUCAUCACCAAGCCAGAACUGCAAAACAAACUAAUAACAGUCACUGCCAUGGGAAAAAAGUUAAUAGGGUGUCCUGUGUGCAUCGAGCAUAAGAAGUACAGCAGAAACGCCCUCCUGUUUAACCUCGGCCUGGUCUGUGACGCCCAAACCAACACGUGUGCCCUCGAGCCAAUCGUCAAGAAGCUCUCUGGGUACCUCACGACUCUGGAGCUGGAGAGUGGCUUCAUAUCCAAUGAAGAGAGCAAGCAGAAACUUUUACCCAUUAUGUCGACGCUGCUAGAAGAACUCAAUGCCACAGGAGCCUGCACAUUACCUAUAGACGAGUCCAACACCAUCCACCUAAAGCUGAUCCAGUUGCGAAAGGACCCUCCGAUCGUCCAGGAGUAUGAUGUGCCGGUCUUCACACAGUGCAAAGACCAUUUUAUCAAAUCUCAGUGGGAUCUCACGACUCAGCAGAUUCUGCCUUAUAUUGAUGGAUUUCGACACAUCCAGAAAAUCUCAGCCGAGGCGGAUGUCGAGCUGAAUCUUGUUCGCAUUGCGGUGCAGAAUCUGCUCUAUUAUGGAGUCGUGACCUUGGUCUCCAUUUUUCAGUACUCCAAUGUUUAUUGCACCACUCCAAAAGUCCAGACUCUAAUGGAUGACAAGUCUGUCCAGGAGGAGUGUCUCAGCUACGUCACCAAGCAGGGCCAGAAGCGGGCCAGUCUCAGGGACGUCUUCCAGCUCUACUGCGGUCUCAGUCCAGGAACCACGGUCCGGGACCUUUGUUCUCGCUACUCGCAGCAGCUUCAAAGGGUUGAUGAGAGGAGGCUCAUCCAGUUUGGACUGAUGAAGUCUCUAAUUCGACGGCUGCAGAAAUAUCCAGUCAAAGUGAUCCGCGAUGAGCGGAGCAGGCCGCCUCGACUCUACACUGGUUGUCAUAGUUAUGAUGAGAUCUGCUGCAAAACAGGAAUCAGUUACCAGGAGCUGGACGAACGUUUGGAAAACGAUCCGAACAUUGUGGUGUGUUGGAAGUGACACAAAAAGACACAAAGAUACAGAGCUGCCUCAACCAAAGAUGCCUUCAGUGACUGGAAGAGCUUUCUGGAAUAACCAUGAAUGUGAAGUAAAACUAACACAGUUUUGAAUACUUUGGUGUUUAUAUUUCUGUUUGUCUGCGAACAGAUUUUGUCGCCGUAAAAGCGCCUUUUCAAUGCAGAAAUGCCAUAAAUCUGUAUUCUUUCCAAUGGCCAGCAGGGGGAGACUCAGCUGGUUGCAAAAUGAAGUCAUAUCGUAAGGAAGUCUAUGAGAAAAUGAUCAUAUUUCUCACUGGAUUUAUGACCUCUGUGAACAUUUUUCUAUUGAGUUUCUGGUCUCAAUUGCUAGUUUAAAGUCCUCUCCGUCGCAUCACGAUGUUCAUUUAGUAAAUUAUGGCUCCAUUUAGAGAAAAAUAGAAGAUAAAACAGGCUUUGCUUUAUGGCGUAGCUAC